AUGGAGCUCGAGAUUGUGCCAACUGUCACACGCGGAAUACCCCAGAGUGGCGCCGGGGUCCUAGUGGGCAGCGAGAUCUUUGCAACAGUUGCGGUCUUCGCUGGGCUAAGCAGAUGGGCCGUGUUUCACCACGCAAUUCCUCUAGGGCCGGUAGUGUGGGUAAUGGUGACACCCAGAGUCAGUGGCCAACACCUGCUUUACCUUGCGGUCAUGGGCCACGUUUCGGGUGGUGGCAACAUUCCCAUACACUUCCACGACGAGAUGCAAAAGGGCCAAACAACGGCCUUCGCCAUCGCAGAACCCCCAGUCUCGCCUAAGCUCGGCGACUUCAACCUGAUUUACAGCUUCCUGGGAUGUCGGGGAGGCCGAUCGCUAGGAGGGUUCGUUCACCAUGACUCCGCCUCGCCACACUUUUAUAGCCCGCAGAGGCCUGAUACAACGACUAAACUUAAUAUUGAUGAGUUCAUUCGUGUCAAUGACGGAGGUACCACGAACUGUAUCGGCGGGGCUCCUGGAGGGAACGAUAUGGCCCCAACACACGCUGAACCGGGUCUGUCGACUGCCUUGGCCGAGCUGGAAGAUUUCAAAGGCGAUCGUAUCUUGCGAGUACAAGCUGAGCCAAGCCCCGAGAGACCUCUAAUCCUUGGUGACCUGCCAAUCGCGAACUCCCCGAACCACCUAUUCUGGAAACUGGAGCGAGAGCGGCGGAUUGAUAAGCGAAUUAUCAACCGUCUUUAUCCGGACCUCGAGUUAACGACUCACGUAUUCAUUGACAUGUCAAAUAUAUAUAUCGGGUUUAAUGAUACGUUCAAGUUCUUGAGGGGCAUCCCGGACUGUGAUAGAACUCCACUCCCGCCGAUCAACUUUGACGCCCUUUCACGGGUUCUUGAACGGGACCGGAUGAUCGGUGCCAGAGAACUUGUCGGUUCCGCGGCCGAUCCUGAUAACUUGACUGAUCUACCCAACUAUUUUGGAGAUGCAAGGAAACUGGGGUACAAAACCAGCAUCUUACGACGAGCUGAGCGCAUACUCAGUGUUGCUGGCUAUUUUGCGGAUGCGGCAACCGAGAAGGAGUUGUACGAGAGGUUCCUCGCGCUCCUCAGGGAACAUGAUUAUCUCUCUGACCCCGAGUCGCUAUCUACAUUUAAACUUGGCCUCUCAAUGAGAUCAGCCGCUCCGAGAAUUGAGGCACACUAUCAGUACUACGCCACUAGCGUUGAACUGGAACACCCCGAUGAUGACACCCCUGCGAUACCUGGUUCGCCCUUUACCUUGCCAUCUCUGCCCUUUGAUCGAACUCUUGGGUGGUCUGGGCCCUCUGCGAUCCUGUACACCGACCUCACCUCACCGACCUUCCCGGCCCUUCAUAGAUCGCUUGCAGAAAGAGCCCUGCGCGGCGACCUAAUCUACUCUGUCCGGUAUCGCCGUGAGAGACACCUUCGAAAAGAAAACUCCCCGCUUCCAAUCAGCGGGUAUGGGGUUGAACUUGCGUUGAAGAAGACCGAUUAUAUUGUGAUCGACGAUAGAGAGGCGACUGGCAGCGAAGGUUCCGGUCUUCAUUCCAAGUACGGCGCGGAGGCCCAGCUCGUUUUAGGUGACGAGGAAGCUGUGUCUGAUUUGAAGCCCUGUCCAAAGCCGAGUCCCCCAGGUGUCAACAUUCUUUGGAUGAAUGGCGCACAGCUGAUAGAGCGCCAGGUCGAACCCUUUACCCUUUUGGAUCUACUUAGACGAGAGCGAAGGCUGAUUGCGGAGGCAAAGAGUGCUGGCUUGACGGGCUCGGAGUCGAUUGCAUUGCUUGGUCACCCUAAUGUGACAUCCGCUAAGGUUGAUGGUGGUUUACCCAGAUUUGACUGGACGGAUAAUCUCGAGGGUGGGAAAGUCAUCAUCUGGCUUAACGACCUCGAAUCUGAUGCGCAAUAUGAAGAGUUCCCCUCAGCUCUAACGGCGCUUCUUCAGCGCACAUACCCUGGCCAAGUCCCUCGAAUUCUCCGGGAAGGGCUGCAGUUGGGGGAAAUUGAUGAAGAUGCGUUGGUUCAACAAAUUUUCCUGAAGGAGGCUUUGGAGGUGCGGAAUCUUCGUAUCUUUGCCGAUGAAGAGAAGGAGCUACAGCUCAUAGAUUUGGGGAAACUGUAUCGCGAGCAUGCCUCGCUCCUCGGGAAAGCACCCGUUGCGGGCGCGCACGCGAGUUCAGCAAAGGAAGACUGGGUUGCUAUUACGGUCAUUGCCGAUCUCAGCUCCGAGGACGGCUUGGCGCUCCUCCUCUCGGCUGCUCAGUUCAAGACUGGCAAUCCUGGGGCCCGUUUGGAAAUAGCGUUGCUCAACGCCUAUCUCGCAUCGGUCAGCUUUGAACCAGGCUCUAAUGGCUUGCUCCUGAAUGGCCGCGUUAUCGGGCCCCUAUCGAAGAACGAGGUCCUUGGUCAGACUGAGCUCCAGCAGGUUCUAGAUUUGGAGCGGAAAGCUCACCUACCGGAGGGUAUUUUCGAGUCCGCGCCACCACUCCGAACCUCCAUAUUCAACAGCUGGGAGAGCAAGCACACAACUAUCGAGGUUGGUAACGCCGGGUCGGCUAGUGUGCAUAUAGUCGGCUUGCUUAACCCAGCGAGUGAGCAAGGGCAGCGCUGGGCACCCAUCCUCAAAGUGCUCUCAGAAGUUGACGGCGUAUAUAUCAAAUUGUUCCUAAACCCAGAUGAGAAACUUGAGGAGCUCCCAGUCAAGCGAUUUUAUCGCUACGUUCUAGAGUCAGGACCGACCUUUGAUGAGACGGGAACGGUAAAACCGUCUGGAGCCUGCUUUAAAGGUGUACCGUCGGACGCCCUUCUUACCUUAGGGAUGGAUGUUCCGCCUGCCUGGCUCGUGGCUGCAAAAUCUUCUGUGCACGACCCGGACAAUAUCAAGCUUAGUCUUGUUAAAGGCGACGUCGAUGCUGUGUAUGAACUACGAAACAUUCUGAUCGAGGGCCACUCACGCAUGACUACCAAGAAUGCUGCCCCUCCAAGCGGUGCGCAGCUUGUGCUCGGGACAGAAAAGAACCCACACUCAGCGGAUACCAUCAUAAUGGCCAAUCUCGGUUAUUUCCAGUUCAAGGCAAACCCUGGGAUCUACAAUAUUCGUCUUCAGAACGGGAGAAGUUCGGAAAUCUUCGAAAUUGAAAGCGUGGGUGCCUACGGUUAUGAAGCGUCGCCAGGGGAUGAAGGUACUUCCAUCGCGCUGAUGGAUUUCAAAGGCACUACACUGUAUCCACGCCUGCAACGUAAGGGGUCGGCGUUUGACGAACAGGCCGAGAUUAACAUAUUCUCCGUUGCUAGUGGCCACUUAUAUGAGCGCAUGCUCAACAUCAUGAUGCUUAGCGUUAUGAAGCACACUGAUCACACCGUCAAAUUUUGGUUUAUCGAGCAGUUCCUGUCGCCAUCUUUCAAGGACUCUAUUCCUCACUUAGCCCAGGAGUAUGGGUUUAGGUACGAGAUGGUAACCUACAAGUGGCCGCAUUGGUUAAGACAGCAGAGGGAAAAGCAAAGGGAGAUUUGGGGCUACAAGAUUCUCUUUCUUGACGUCCUAUUUCCACUUUCUCUGGACAAAGUUAUUUUUGUAGAUGCCGACCAGAUCGUCCGCGCUGAUAUGAUGGAUCUCGUCAAUCUAGACCUUGGAGGUGCCCCUUACGGAUUCACCCCCAUGUGCGAUUCCCGUACGGAAAUGGAAGGAUUCCGGUUCUGGAAGCAGGGUUACUGGGCGAAUUAUCUUCGCGGACUCCCUUACCAUAUCUCGGCGCUCUACGUUGUGGAUUUGAGGCGCUUCAGGGAGUUGGCCGCUGGCGAUAGACUUCGUCAGCAAUACCACACUCUCAGUGCGGACCCUAACUCCCUUGCCAACCUCGAUCAAGACCUGCCUAACCACAUGCAGUUUAUGAUUCCCAUACAUAGCCUCCCCAGGAGUGGCUUUGGUGUGAGACGUGGUGCAGUGACGAGAGCCUCCGAGACGCGAAAACGAUUGACCUUUGCAACAACCCAAUGA